AUGGACAACUUAAAUUCAACACUUGUGUCUCUGGAGGAAAUGUCAGAUAUGACUGACAUGGAAAAUGGCACCAUGUAUAACAUUACAUCAUUUGCUUACAUAUUAGAUGUGACUAACAGGGUGACUGUAUGCAUUGAGCUGCCGGUUCUCUGCUGGGCUGUUUUUACCCUCUAUCAUCAGGUCAAAGCUGACAAUGCCACACCUGUUUAUGUCAUGAACCUCCUCAUUUCAGAUUUCAUCCAGAUCAUUGGUAGAAUUGUACAGGUCAUUAAAAAUGAUAGCAUUUCAUACAUUGCGUUCCUGAUUGGUAUAUCUCUCAGUAUUGGAUUCAUGGUGUGUAUCGCACUGGAGAGAUACCUCCUGAUUGUGCAUCCUUUGUGGUUUCGAUGUCGCCGCACUAUCAAACACUCCAUAUUCAUUUCACUGGUUAUCUAUGCGUUUGAGAUGCUCAUUUUCACAGGUUUGUUUUUCUCGUUCUACGUGUUCAUGAUUAUUGGAGCUGCCGCCCUCCUUAUCCUCCCAUUGCCACUGCUGCUGUUCUUCCUGGGAGCCACAUGGAGAGCCAUCUCCCACUCCAUCUCAGUCCCACACAAAGAAAAGAAAAGGAUUCUGGGUACACUGGCACUCGUCCUGCUCUCAUAUUUAAUUUUGUUCUUGCCAACAAUAUUAUUAAUUCUUUCAAUUUAUGGUGAAGGUUUCUCAGAAAUUGAUUUUUUAAAAUUAUUUACUGUUGCUUUUGUGUUCCUGUACAUCAGCCCGCUAAUUGACCCCCUGCUGUACGUCUUAAUUAAGAAAGAUGACAAGUACAUAGUGAAGGUCCCACACUGCUAUUGGAGACUCAGGGGUCACAGAGAGAACAGGCAGACAUCCUCUGUUCCAACAGAAAAUAUUACCAGUGUCUAA